UAAAAUAGCAAAGCUCCGGAUGUUCCGCAGCCCCAGCAGCUCACAGGUGAAGGGUCCUGGGGCCUAGGACUGUGCUCCGAAGCGGCAGGCACUGGCCGGCCGUGGAGAGGCCGGGUCCGGAGCCAGGAGGCGCGCGGGGGUGGGCGCUGCAGCCGCGGGUUGUUUAUCCGGAGUACGGAGGGGAGGGGGGAGCCUGGAAACCGCCCCGUGUCCCAUUUCCUCCUCUUGUUUUCGCUCCGGAUUCUCCAUGUUGGACCCAAACUGAGGAGCCCGGAGCUGCUGCCGGGGGAUCGGGGCCGGGGGCAACCGGGGAGCCGCUGCCCGGGCCGCCCGCCCUCCGUACAGGCCGCCUCCCUUCCCGGCCCAGGGAGGGAACGAGAGCAGGGAUGUGAACAGCUGUGGGAGUCCGAGUCUCGGGAGCCGGAGCGGGCCCCCGCCCAGGCCCCCCAGCCCAGCCCAGCCUGCGCGCCCGCCGGUCCUCCCGCCCAGCCAGCCCGGGCCCGCGGGAUUGUUAGAUGGAACACGGCUCCAUCAUCACCCAGGCGCGGAGGGAAGACGCCCUGGUGCUCACCAAGCAAGGCCUGGUCUCCAAGUCAUCUCCUAAGAAACCUCGUGGACGGAACAUCUUCAAGGCCUUUUUCUGCUGUUUUCGCGCCCAGCAUGUUGGCCAGUCCAGCUCCUCCACUGAGCUCUCCGCAUACAAGGAGGAAGCCAACACCAUUGCUAAGUCGGAUCUGCUCCACUGUCUCCAGUACCAGUUUUAUCAGACCUCGGCAGCCUGGCUCUGGUUUCAGAUCCCGGGGACCUGCCUGCUCCCAGAGGUGACAGAGGAAGAUCAAGGAAGGAUCUGCGUGGUCAUCGACUUGGAUGAAACCCUUGUGCAUAGCUCCUUUAAGCCAAUCAACAACGCCGAUUUCAUAGUGCCUGUCGAGAUUGAGGGGACCACUCACCAGGUGUAUGUGCUCAAGAGGCCUUACGUGGAUGAGUUCCUGAGACGAAUGGGGGAGCUCUUUGAAUGUGUUCUCUUCACUGCCAGCCUGGCCAAGUAUGCCGACCCAGUGACGGACCUGCUGGACAGGUGCGGGGUGUUCCGGGCCCGCCUGUUCCGGGAGUCCUGUGUGUUCCACCAAGGCUGCUAUGUCAAGGACCUCAGCCGCCUGGGAAGGGAUCUGAGGAAAACCCUCAUUCUGGACAACUCUCCUGCUUCUUACAUCUUCCACCCAGAAAACGCAGUGCCCGUGCAGUCUUGGUUUGAUGACAUGGCAGACACUGAGUUGCUGAACCUAAUCCCAAUCUUUGAGGAAUUGAGCGGAGCAGAGGAUGUCUACACCAGCCUCGGGCAGCUGCGGGCCCCUUAGCCUUCCCUGCUUCCGAGCAAUGGCCAUCCCAGUAGGGGACUUUCCUACACUGUGCCUUUAUGACCAGCCUGACAGAGCGGAAGCUGGAGCAUCUCACCAAACGGGGCCUGGGAAUAGAAGUGGUUGGAAAGAGCUUUAGGACAGGAUAGAUGCCAAGCAGGCACGUCCCAGACCGACAGCACCUAGAGCUGCCUGCUCCCUGAGUUGGGCUCCCAGAUGUGAGUGUGUGUGUGUCUGUGUCUGUGUGUGUCUGUGUGUAUAUGUGUGUCUCCCCUUGAACUGCGGCCCCGGGAUAUAAGUGUUUCACGUUGAGGGAGAAACUGAAAGAUGAAGACUCCCGGAGUUAGUCUGUCUCCUGUCCGGUCACCCUGGGAGCCACUGAGCUCGAUAGGGAUGAAGACGAUUGAAGGCUUUUGCUGCCAAACCCAGCGCCUUUCCUCAGUGUUGUAAAGCUCGUGCCAAGGAGAAAGGGAGUCCAAGGCUGCCGUCUGGUGUCCCAGGCACACACCUUUCUGAAACCUUUCUCUAGCCAGCUUUCUGCAUACAGAAAGACAACGUUUCUGGAAAGAUGAAAGCUUGUUUCCAGAACCGGUAGCCCCAGUGGCCAUCACGUCCUGUGGUCCGAGGGCUGCGCUCGCCUCCAGCCAAGUGCCUGGCACGGGCCCUUUCUGUGUCUCCCCAAGGCUCGGGCUCCGGGCCUGCCUUCCUCACUACCCAGCCAUAGUCUUGAACCUGUGGGGAAGGAGGUCUUCUCCCUGCCCUGGAAGAGGACAGAUAACUGAUUUCCGUUCUUUCGACUCUGUUUUAAAAUUCUUUCUAAACAUGGA